AUGACUUCCUAUCAGAAGAUCAUUCCAACUCUGGGACUCUCAUGUGACAACGAGAAUGAUGAAAUCGAUUGCAAUUUAAGCUCUUUGACAUUUUUGGAGAGUGCCCACACGAAACGAUCUCUUCUGUCAGUCUCACAGAGGAUAUUCGACCCCAUCGGAUUUACAAGUCCAACUACGUUAAUUCCAAAACUCAUUCUGCAAAAAACAUGGAAGAUGAAACUUUCCUGGGAUGAAAAUCUUCCACAAGGUAUAGAAAGAGAAUUUCAGGCUUGGCUCAAAAGACUACACUUCUUGAAUUAUUGUAAAAUUUCAAGAAGACUUGUGAUUGGACCCUUCGAUGAAUGCUCUAUCGCUCUACAUUAUUUUAGUGAUGCUAGUAAAGUAUCUUGUGCAGUAUGCAUUUUCCUACGUGCAUAUUUUGAGGGCAAAACUUCAGUACAAUUGGUAUUAUGUAAAUCAAGAGUAGCGCCUGCCAAAGAAGUAACUAUUCCCAGAUUAGAGUUGCUUGGAGCAUUUAUAGCUACUCGGCUGUACCGUCAAGUCAUUGACGCUCUUAAAUUGACAAAGUGCCAAGAGUACUUUUGGAGAGACUCGUCUGUAGUUCUGACAUGGAUCAAAAAAGACUCCCACUGGAGUGUCCCACUGGCCAAUCGUGUAGCUGAAAUAAGGAGAUGA